GCCAUUUAUGCCUCACUUCCUCGUGAUUCACGAUCGAUCCCCUCACGAAUUCCUUCGUGAGUCAUAUUUUGGAGAGGUUCUGCGCAAGUUCCUCGUGCUUUGAUUGUGCGAAUCGGAAGUUUCCAUAUUUCUGCAGAGUAUUAAGUUCUUCUUCCUUAACAGUAGGCAUAAUGUCACUCCCUGGUGACUGGGCUCAAUCUGCUGAUAAGCAGGAGUCAACACUAGCCUCAAGGGUCGGCGGACUGGCGCUUGGGUCCGGCGAUGGCUCGGGCGGCGCCAAAAUCCCCGCGCCCGCCGCCGCCCCCGCCCCGCUGCGUGCGCCGGCCGCUCGCACUGCCACUGCCGCCGCCACUGCCGCCGCCGCCCCGGCUGCUGCGGCCGGGGACGGCGCGGCGCCGGCCUCCAGCGAGGACGCGUACUCGGCCGCCGAGGCGUCCAUGCUACAGAAGGUGAUCCGCACCGGCCUCAUCACCAACAAGAACGAUAUCGAGGUGCAGCGGGCCGACCCGAGCUCCCCGCUCUACUCGGUCAAGUCGUUCGAGGCGCUCAACCUUCGUCCGGAACUGCUGAAGGGGGUGUACGCCAUGGGAUUCAACGCUCCGUCCAAGAUUCAGGAGAUGGCACUACCCAUCCUGCUGGCUGACCCGCCUCAGAACCUGAUUGCCCAAUCGCAGUCGGGAACCGGUAAAACAGCCGCCUUCGUCCUGGCCAUGCUGAGCCGGGUGGACAUCACCAAAAACUACCCGCAGGUUCUGUGCCUGUCUCCGACGUACGAGCUGGCGCUGCAGACGGGAGACGUGGCCCAGAGGAUGGCCCAGUACUGUCCCGACAUCCGGAUCAAGUACGCCGUCCGCGGAGAGGAGAUGGCCCGCGGCGCCAAGCUGGAUGAGCACAUCAUCAUCGGCACGCCGGGAAAGGUGCUCGACUGGGGCAUCAAGUUCCGCUUCUUCGACAUCAAGAAGAUCUCGGUAUUCGUGUUGGACGAGGCGGACGUCAUGAUCUCACUGCAGGGCCACCAGGACCAGAGCAUCCGAAUCCACAAAAUGGUGCCGAAGUCGUGUCAGAUGCUGUUCUUUUCGGCCACGUAUAACGGCGAGGUGAUGAACUUUGCAGAAGCCAUCGUCUCAAAUCCAGUCAUCAUCAAACUCAAACGAGAGGAGGAGAGUCUGGACAACAUAAAGCAGUACUACGUGGAGUGUAUGUCGGAGGAGUCAAAGUACCAGGCCAUCUCAAACAUUUACGGCGUCAUCACCAUCGGGCAGGCCAUCAUCUUCUGCCACACGAAGCGGACUGCCUCGUGGCUGGCCAACAAGAUGAUCGCGGACGGCCACAGCGUGGCGCUGCUCUCUGGCGAGCUGACGGUGGAGCAGCGUAUCAGCGUGCUGGACCGCUUCCGCGACGGCAAGGAGAAGAUCCUCAUCACCACCAACGUGCUGUCGCGCGGUAUUGACGUGGAACAGGUCACCAUCGUGGUCAACUUUGACCUGCCGGUCGACCAGACGGGCUCGGCCGACUGCGAGACCUACCUGCACAGGAUCGGGCGCACCGGCCGCUUCGGCAAGGCCGGCAUCGCCAUCAACCUGGUGGACGGCCGGCGCUCCCACGCAGUCCUCAAACAGAUCAUCGACCAUUUCGGUCGGAAAAUCAACCGAUUGGACGUAGAAGACGCGGACGAAAUAGAGAGGAUCAACAAGGACUAGGCUUUGCCGCUAGCUGGUUACCAAUUGCCCACCGUUCCGUCCAUCGUCACAGCGGGUCGGUGGGCGACACUCAAUCCCACGACUCUCGGCAUGCGCAGGGCUGGGCCGCGGAUGAGCUACACUCAAUCCCACGGCCCUCUGUGUGUGAGUGUGUGUGAGGGGUUAGGGGAACCUGUGCAUUCGGCUGGGCCGGUGGGCGAGACGCAAUUCCACGGCUCUGUGCGGGGUUGAUGCUCCCGUGUAUCCUGCUGCUGCUGCUGUUGAAGAUUCCGCCGCCAGGCCCCGUGUCCGACCUUUUCGAGACGUCAGUUCGGUGUCGGACGUGGGACAUCGAUGUGAGGUGACCCGGGCCGGCGCGGUGUAGUGCCGGUGGUACUUGUGAGUGUGGUACUAGUGUACCUGACCGGGUGCCUGACGUGCCAGUGAACCUGGCGGCGCCAUGAGCCCGGCUGUGGAGCGCCGUGAGUCUGUGACGCCGAGCUGUGAUCCUGCGAGGGUCGCUGGUUACGCUUCAGUUGGCGGCGAGGACCGGGUCUGUGCACCGCUUCACGCCGCCAUCACAUUUGUCCGUUCCAAGAAGGAAAUACAUUUUAUCUUUGUGCACA